CUAGAGCGGGCCCUCGCGCAGGCACAGACAGAACGGAGAGACCUAACGACACUGCUGGACAGACGGACGGCGGAGCUCAAGGAGGCGCAGACGUACCUCAACAAGGUCGACGACGUCGCCGACAGCGAGGUGCUCGCCCUCGUGCAGCGCAUCAACACCCAGAUUUUCCAGACGGCCGCGAAGAUCUCCGACGACUUCCAGGCAUUCUACGGCACGCAGAAGUACAGCGCCAUCGUCAAAGAGGCCGUCGGGCGCUUGGAUAAGUCGACCAUGGUCGGCGCGGAGCUCCCCCUCAUCCUGUCCACAACCGACCACAGCGCCGACCCCAUCCUCGUGCAGAUCGCGCUCCAAUGUGCGCUCGCCACGCUGGCCUUUCAUGCCGCGUCCCCGUGGUCCACCUCCUUUGAGAAACAGACGGCGUUUCUCCAUUCCAUAUACGCGGAGAUGUGCAAGCACGAGCUUCAGUCCGUCUUCGGGCGAUGGAGAACGAUGACACUCACCUACGCGCGCGCUAUCAUCCCCGAGAAGACCCAAGGCGCAUCCGCACACGCUUUGAAGAUGAUCGACUACGUCAACGACGUGCUCCUCGCGUGCGGCGUGGACGGGUCCCCAGAGCAAGUGCGCGACCUCGUCAAGCAGCACUACGGCAAGCGGCUGAAGCAGCUCGCCACACACGCUCUCGACUUCCGCCGCAUCGCAGGCGAACAAAUCGUGUCGCGCGAUCUCCAGGUCAUCGUCGUCUGGCCGCCUUCGCCGUUUGACCCCACAUGGAUGGAGGACGAGUGGGCGGACACGAAGAAACCUGCGAGCCCGACCGCUUCUCCUGCUGGAAAUAUCCUGUGCACGACGAACUUGGGCCUCAUCCGGCAGGAGCGU